ACUUAAGGCAACUUUAUUUGGUGGCUGUCAGUUCAGAAAACCAUUUUACCAAAUUUCAAAAUUAAUAUAAAGCCACGAACCAAAUCUUCUAGUACAUCCACCUAAGUUUCCCUUUAACCUAAAAACCAUGGAGGAGGAUCUGGAAUUCCUUAUCAAUGCCCUCUCAGUGCCACAUACCCCGUUGACCGAGCCUUAUGGCGAACAAGAACUACUGGAGAUGCGUGAAUCCUUCAAGACGCUGCAGAAGUUCCUUCGUCGCAGUUCCUUGCCCAUCGAGGCCAGCCUGCGCUCAAUGCCGAGGUCAAAGGCUGGCGGGGAUACGGACAGGCUGAAGGAACGGGCUCUGUCCUCGAUGAUGGCUCUGUUUGCAAACGAUUAUGAACAGCCCAACGAUCAAAAUAAUGGUUCUCAAGUCUGGAACUCAGCGGAAAGUGGAGUCCGCUCUUCGCCCAUCAUUUCAGAGUGCGGCCUGAGGGAUCAGGGUAAGGAAAGUCUUUUAUGCGAGAGUUCCUGGAGUGAUAUUGGAGACCUAGCAAUGGUGCCCUAUGAGAAACUCUCCAACGAACGAAGCAGUUCGGAGUCCACAAUUACCGGAGAAAGUUUCUCCUCUUCGGGGAUCUCGAUUAGCAUACCUGUUAACCUGGUCUGGAACAACAACGAAUACAACUCGGAGAGCACGGACAGUGAAACCACACUUGUAGCAGACGGCCUAAGAUACAGUAUACAAAAUUAGAUUUGCAUAACUUUCAGAAGAUUCAAAGAUUAUCCACAUCAAGUUUUAGGCUAGCACAAAGAGUUUUCAUUCUAAAAAAGUUUUCAAAUAUUUUUUAUAAAUGGUAAAUAAAUCGUAAGUGCAGGCAGUUUUCUUAAA